AUAUGUCUGCAUUUAAAGCAGCAAAUCCAGAUGCUGUUUUUGAAGAUUUCAUCCGAUGGCAUUCACCUAGAGACUGGGAGAACAAUGAUAAUAUGGACAGUGGAGCAUCUCACGAUAAUGCAAUCAAAGGGUUAACGGUUGAGUGGCCCCCUCGAGGAAAGCUUUCAGAAAGAAUGUCUGAGUUUGGCAAUUCGUGGAGAAAGAUUUGGAAUGAGGCACCUCCUUUGCCCGCUUCUGAACAGAAGCCUCUCUUGGAUCCAAACCGAGAAGGAGAAAAGGUUCUUCACUAUUUGGAAACACUGCGGCCGUGUCAACUACUGGAACAAAUGGUUUGUACUGCUUUUAGGGCAGCUGCAGACACACUAAACAGAACAACAUUUGGUGGUUUAAAGCAGCUGACAACCAAAAUUGGACAACUUAACCUCACUAUGGCAGCCACUCUCAGAUGCUUGCAAACAAGUAAUCUUUCUAUUGACACUGAAGAUAUUCAAGACUUGAAGCGGCUUUGUGCAAUAUUUGAACAUGUCGAGAAGUUGAUAACACUUGCUGCAUCUUUUUAUAUCAAGUUCAUGAAUGCACCGCGUCUAUUAGAAUCAAUUUUCAAUGAUUGCUACAACUUUUAUGCACCAAGAAUGGGAACAGGCUCAACUGCCAGCGAAGUAAAAAAGGAUUUCGAAAAGAAACAAAAAGUUGGGCGACGUGAAAGGGAGAUAGCGGCAAGCAUGUUAACAACACCCACUGCUAACCAAUCGUGGAGGAAAGUGUUAAGCAUGGGAAAUCUUCUAAAUGGCCAUGAACCAACCUUGAGAGAGAUCAUAUUCACCAAGCAUGGUCACCUUAGCGAGAAUUACUAUGGUGGUCAUGCUCCCAGGGGUUAUCAGCACGAGUUAGAAACAUACAGAAUGUACAUAAGUGGAACCUCAAAUUAUCUUAGUGUAGCACUAGCAGUUGCCUCUUGCGAUUAGACAUUUCAAGAAAAGGAACCAUGUAAUAUAUAGUCAUUUUUUACCCACCAACGGAUCAGUAGUGAUUUUUUAUUUGGAGAAAGGGUCAAAUAUAUCCCUGUACUAUUGAAAAAUGUUUAAAGAUACCCUCCGUUAUACUA